CGCGGCGAGUACUCGCAAGUGCGAUUGAGAAAUUUAGAAAUUAUAUUUUUUCUAUCAAAAAAUGGAAGAUUCCAAGGUUGAGGAAAAACUCAAAACCAUUCGGGAAGGUAGUGCGGAAAUUCUUGUUGCCGAACACGUUUUCUACAACCCGGUUCAGGAGUUCAAUCGUGAUUUGAGCAUCAGUGUUCUGUCGACGUUUUCGCGCAUUUACCAACGCGAGAAGGCCGAAGCUCGCCGGAAGAAAGCCAAGGAAGGUGACCCACCGGUGGAGGAAGUUAAGCUAGUCGCCGGGGAGAAGUGUGAGAAUGGCCUUCGCAUUCUGGAAGCACUUUCGGCCACUGGACUACGUAGCGUUCGGUACGCGAACGAGGUUCCCGGAGUGAAGGAAAUCAUAGCGAACGACCUAUCGAAGUCUGCGGUGGAAUCGAUCGAGAAGAAUGUGAAGCACAACAAGCUGGAACAUCUGAUCACCCCUAGCUUCAACGAUGCGAUGACGCUAAUGUACACCUCGACUAGCCCGGACAAACGGUUCACGGCCAUCGAUCUGGAUCCUUACGGUCACCCGACACGUUUCCUCGACGGCGCUGUGCAAUCCAUCGAAGACGGAGGACUGUUACUGAUCACGGCCACGGACAUGGCCGUCCUCGCCGGGAACUCUCCGGAAGCCUGUUACGUAAAGUACGGAUCUGUUCCCCUGAAGACCAAGGCCUGUCAUGAAAUGGCACUCAGGAUAUUGCUAAGGUGCAUUGAAACCACGGCGACUCGAUACGGCCGUUACAUGGUUCCACUGCUGAGCAUCUCGGCGGACUUCUACAUUCGGGUUUUUGUGCGGAUAUAUACCGGCCAGUACGCCUGCAAGAAAAGUAGCAGCAAGCAGUCGAUGGUGUUCCAAUGCACUGGCUGUGAGUCUUUCACUUUGCAACCCCUAGGGAUUCUGAAGCCUAACCCAACCGAACAGAACCCUAACCAGAUCAAGUUCGGAACUCCUACUGGGCCGUACGUCUCCAGCAGAUGCGAACACUGCAACCAUCAGCAUCACAUGGGCGGCCCCAUCUGGUCAGCGCCUCUCUACGACGUUGACUUCCUGAAGGAAUUGCUGGUAACCGUUGAGAUGGAGCAGUUCAAGAAGCUUACCACGAUUCGGAGGAUCUAUGGCACUUUGUCCGUUAUACGGGAAGAAUUGCUAGACGUGCCACUGUACUACACGCUGGACCGUCUCUGCGGCAUCCUCAAGCUGGAGUCCAUUCCGAUGAUGAAGCUGCGAUCCGCUUUGCUCCACGCAGGCUAUCGGGUGUCGUAUUCCCACGCGUCCAAGACUUCCAUCAAAACCGAUGCACCAGUAGCGGUCCUGUGGGACAUUCUUCGCUGCUGGCAGAAGGUACACCCGGUCAAGAAAGAACGACUGAUAGACGGUACUCCGAUUGCGGCCAUUCUGGCAAAGGAACCGACGGUAGAGUACCUCCUGCACGACAUCCAUCCGGACGCGAAUCCACCGAGUCGCAAGGAAUCGCUUAGCCGCUUCCCAGAAAAUCCGGCUGCCUAUUGGGGACCCGGAACGCGUGCCACCCUGAUGGUCAGCGAUAACAAGAUGAUGAAAAGCGUCCAGAACCAGAACAAACGGCGCAAGGACCAAGAUAGCACCAAGAAACAACGACCUACAUCGGAAGGGAACUCGCCCGAACGGAAGCACGCGAAAACGGAUCAAGGAAACGGUGUCGUGGCCGCCGCCGAAGAAGAUCAACAGGUGGAGAAUGCUGCAGUUGAAGAGACGACCAGCACGUGCGAAUGAAUAGGUAGAAAACAUGCGCGUGGGGGGUGAGAGCGCGCCAAAACGUUUCAGGGCGACCGAAAUAUCGAUCAAACGUUCCUUGACUUUUUAGUCCGACUGUCACGCAAUGUUUGCUUUGUUUCGCUCGCCAAAUUUGACACAUUCUGUUACACGCACUACUGCCGUUUGAAGUAGUGAAAUUCUUUACAUUUCAAUAAAAGCUUAGUGUUAUCGAAUUCGAAUUCGAA